AUGGAGGCAAUUGAGUCAACACGACCUGUCAAUCGAAAAGUCAGAACAGGUUGUCUCACCUGCAAAUCAAGCGAGUCACCUCGAAGAACAGGCAAUCUUGUCAUCAUUGUCGCAGGCAGCCCCGAGGAACAGCGCUACUUUGAUUUCUUCCGCCACAAAACCCUUCCGAACGUCAACGGAGGUUUCGAGUCAUUCUUUUGGGACAAGCUUAUUCUUCAAAUGAGUGCCUCGGAUCCUGCUAUCCGCCAUGCAGUCGUAGCAUUAGCUUCAAUCCAUGACGAGUCAGAUCCAACCGGCCCGUUGAUCGGAUCAAAGACCAACCCAUUUAGUACUUCCCAAUAUGUCAAAUCUCUCAGCCACCUCCAGAGUCGCAUGGCCAAUGGUGAAGGAAACAGUAUCGAUAUCAUCCUGACCUGCUGCAUCAUCUUCACAGCAUUUGAAGCCAUUCGCGGCAACCCCUCCUUGGCAAUGCUUCAUCUUCGAAAUGGAUUGAAGAUGAUAUCUGAGUCGAAUGAGCCUUCCAACGCCCAGUCAAGGCUUACUGAAAUCGUUACCGAAGACCUCAUGCCCGUGUUCCUGCGUCUCAACAUUCAAGCUCGCUCACUCCUCCGACCUGCCCUGGCCGACUCUCAUUAUCUCGAUGAGGCCCAGAUAUCCACCUCCGACAUACCAGAAACCUUCAGAUCCCUAACCCAAGCUCGCGAUGCCCUCUCUGUUCUCUUCAACAACGGUUUCUCCAUCUUCCACUCGGUCACCCAAAGCGACACAUACCGGUACUACCCCAGUAAAGAUUUCACCCAAGUCUCCGCUGUAGACGAAGAAGCCCCUAUCUCACCAACCUUUACAACCGACGUCCUGCACGCCUCGACCUGCUCUUCCAUCGUAGACAAAAUCGCCAAUCUUGGCGUCCAACUCUCCCAAUGGCACGCCGCCUACGACCGCCUCCUCCAAAUACUCACCUCCCGCAACCAUAAGGAAACACUAACUGGCUCCGACCUCCACGGCGCCACCCUCCUCCGUAUCCACCAAAUCUCCGCCCAGAUCGUCAUUGCCACCUGCAUGGACACCAGCAACCUCGCCUUCGACGACUGGACAGCCUCCUUCGAUCAGCUCGUCACCCUCGCUCGCGACCUCAUCAGCUUAGCGGGCUGGGAUAAGAAUCCCUCUUUCUCCGUCGACAUGGGCGUUAUCGCUCCGCUAUAUUUCACCGUGACGUCAUGCCGGCACCCGCGCAUCAGGAGAGAGGCAGUUUCGUUGCUGAAGAGUAUGAAUAGCAGGAGGGAGGGGGCUUGGUACGCGCGCGUUGCUGCUGGAGUAGGCGAGUGGUUCAUCGCCGUUGAAGAGGGGCAUGCGCUGCCUGAUAGCGGGGUGUGGCUCUCAGCGGCAGGUUUUAUGGGAGAGGAUGCGGAGGAGGGAGGAGGGGCGGCUUUCGAUGGUAUUAGAGUCAAUGAUGUCAAAGUGCAAGGGUAUGGCUUUGGCGCGUUGGGGACGGUGACACAUUCGAAGCCUGUAUCAAUGGGGAAGUUUGGGUGCUGGAUCUCGGGGAGGCCAAGGCAGGGGGAUGUCAGGAAGGUUGAUGGAUUGGGGAAUGGGUUGGGACUCAGGGUGCCGCAGGGGUUUGAGGGAGGGAUGGAGCAAGUAAGGGCGGAGAAUGGAGGGGUCGUGAGGAGGAUUAGACGGUUGCAUGCUGAGGUGCAUGAAGAAGAGAAGUGGGUCAAGCUGGUUCCAAUGUUUCAUGAUGAGGAGGAGAUGGAGGAGCCUGAGGAGCAAGCAAUUACAGUGACCUUGACAACAUGGGGUCCGUUACUCCCAAUCGAUCUUCCAGCGUCGCAACAACGGACACUCAGCAGACACAAAUACACCGUCAGUGUCCCUCAGAGCUUCUGCCCCCUUCCUCUCAUCCUAUACAUGUACAAGAAGAGCAUGCUAAAUCCCGUAGAGAGUGUCAAAAACCUCCCUGAGAACCCGUAUGCUGCACUCAUACCGAACCAACACAUCGCGACGGUCCCUUUCUUUACCCUUGAAUCCGGCGAUACUCUUCGCAAUGUUCCAGUCGCAUACAGCACCAAUGGUCGACUGAAUGCUGCCAGAGACAACGUUAUUAUCAUAUGUCAUGCCUUAUCUGGUAGCGCAGACGUGGCUGACUGGUGGGGACCAUUGAUUGGUGUCAGGGGAAAGGCAUUCGAUCUCUCAAGAUUCUUCGUGGUGUGCCUGAAUAGCUUGGGAUCUCCAUAUGGUACAGCGAGUCCUCUUACAUAUGUGGAUGGAGAUCCAGUAAAGGGGAGAUACGGGCCAGAGUUUCCUUUGACUACGAUCAAAGAUGAUGUAAACCUACACAGGAUAGUUCUAGACCAACUCGGUGUACGACAGAUAGCGGCCGCUGUCGGUGGGUCUAUGGGUGGCAUGCUAGUGCUCGAGUACGCAUAUUUCGGCAAAGACUACGUACGCGCCAUCGUACCAAUAGCCACUUCAAGUCAACACAGUGCAUGGGGUAUCAGUUGGGGCGAAUCUCAACGUCAAAGCAUCUAUGCCGACCCAAAGUACGAGGACGGCUACUACUCUUUUGACGACCCUCCAGUAGCAGGCCUAAGCGCAGCUCGUAUGCAAGCUCUCCUCACCUACCGAAGUCGCAACUCCUUUGAGACCAGAUUUGGACGCAACAUCCCGAACCAGUCACAGAUAGCCAAAUCAGUCGGCCGUCCAGACAGCUUGAGUCGAUCCGAUUCCAACUCAAAUCCACACUUCGCCAUUCACAACGACGGUCAUAAGAUAUGCGGCAGCUCUCGCUCACACGCCUCAACACCGCCCAGCACACCCCCUCCAGAACCCCCAAUACUGAACACACCCGAAUACACAGAUCCCCAGUUCCACGGCACCAAAUUCGUCUCCCGCUUCGACAGCAACUGCUACAUCGCCAUAACACGCAAGCUCGACACUCACGACAUUUCCUCACACGCCUCUCCUCCCUCCGCCUCCUCCCCUCCUCUCUCCCCGAAAGAGAAAGUCAAAGCCGCCCUCGCACAAAUCCAACAGCCCGCUCUGGUGCUGGGUAUUGAAAGCGAUGGCCUAUUCACGUUUGCAGAACAGCAAGAAAUCGCGGAUGGGAUAAAGGAUAGCAGGUUGAAGAAGAUUGAGAGCCCAGAGGGACAUGAUGCAUUUUUGUUGCAGUUCAAGCAGGUCAAUGCUUUUGUGUUGGAGUUUUUCUGGGAGGUGCUGCCGAAUUUGAUGGGGGCGGAAGUUGGAGGGGAAGGGGACGGGGUCAAUGAGAAGGGAAUGAAUGGGGUACGAGCCGGAGGUGAAGGCGAGGGGCAGGAAAACGGGAAUAUGGAGAUGAAGAAAGCGAGCGUGUUCGGCGAGGCGGAGGGUGAUAUAACCGCUUGGUGA